AUGCCACAAGAGUCGAGAAUCAAAUCCGUCGCCAUUGUAGGCGGCGGCGCGGCUGGUGCGGUAACGGCCGCGGCUCUCAAAGCCGAAAACUACUUUGACAAAAUUACCGUUUUCGAGCGGAGGGAGAAAGCUGGCGGGACCUGGAUCUAUGAUGCAGACCCUCAGCCUCCGUUGGCUGUCCAUCCUGGCGCUCUUCCAGUCGAGAUUGACCCGCCCCUGGAGGUUCCCAGCCAGCUCCCAGCUGUUUUGUCUCCAUCAAAGCAGGAACGAUAUUCAAAAACACCAGUCUAUGAUUCGUUAACUACCAAUGUGCCCGAUAUUGCCAUGAGCUUCUCUGAUGCCAAAUUUGCCUACGGACCAUUUGCACCCCACUAUGUCCCCCGUCAAUAUAUUGAAAAUUACUUUGCGACCCAUGGCAUUGACAGGAACCUGGUACUAAACACGACAGUCGAGGACGUGUCGAAACUCAGUUCUUCCAACUCGGACCACGCUCAAGAUAAGUGGAAGUUGACGCUGCGAAAAUAUGACACGGCUAGACACGUUGAUAUCUGGUGGGAGGAGACAUUCGAUGCUGUCAUCUUGGCCAAUGGACACUAUUCUGUCCCUUAUGUUCCGCAAGUCAAUGGAUUGGAACAAUUCAUGGACAAGUUUCCCGGGCGGGUAGUGCAUUCCAAGUACUAUCGAUCUCCAACAGUCUUUACCGAUCAAAAGGUUUUGGUUAUUGGCAAUUCGGCAUCCGGUCAUGACAUAACCUUUGAGCUCCUCAAAAGCGCCCAACUCCCAGUGUAUCAGUCAAGGCGAUCCAAGUCUAGAUGGGACGGCAAAGAGCCUCCACCGGGCAUUGCCUGGAAACCAAUCAUCACGGAAUAUCGGCAGGACGGUCGCAUUAUAUUCCAGGACGGUACACACCUGGAAGAUCUUGAUAGGAUCAUCUACUGCACUGGGUACAAGCCAUCAUUUCCCUUUUGGAACAGCAAAGCCAACGGCCGCCCGUUGUGGGAUUAUCAAGCGGAAAAAUUGAUAAACACCUACUGGCACACCUUUUUCCAAGACUUCAAGACACUUGCCAUUGUUGGUGUACCGCGAGUACUGAGCUUUCGAAGUUGGGAAUACCAAGCCAUUGCUUUAGCCAGGCUUUUCUCAGACCGAAAUGCUGCGCAAUUACCUUCUAUCGAGGAGCAGAAGAAAUGGGAGCUUGAUAGAGAAAAUGAGACCACGAGGGAACGGAGACCAUUUCAUGGCAUAAAUUGGGAUCAGGGAGAGACGCAAGAGUGGCUGAAUGGGCUAUUUCAGAUCGCCGGGCUUGGGACGCUCGAGGGAGAUGGAAGAAUCCCACCAGUGCUGAGCAAAGAGCUCAUAUGGGCCUUGGAACACAUCAAGAAGUAUCCGGAGCCGGAGCCGGAGCUAGAAGCAGAAGCAGAAGCGGGCGACGACGUCGAUUUGCCCCAGCAAGUACGACAUGAAGACAGCUCAGGCUGGGUUUUUGUUCCAGAGACUUGCAAAGAUACGCUUGCGUUUAUAUAA